AACAAGAAACAGGAACUUAAAUUCUCAGUCAUCUGACUUCCUGCGGUUUACGACCACAAAGUGCGAUUGCACCGGAAGAGAAGAGGUUCUCUUCCGUUGCAGAGUUUCGCCAUGGCCCGGGGCCCCAAAAAGCACUUGAGGCGUCUUGUAGCGCCGAAGCAUUGGAUGCUCGACAAACUAACGGGUGUAUUUGCACCUCGUCCAUCGACAGGUCCUCACAGGCUGAGGGAAUGUCUUCCCCUGAUCGUCUUCCUCAGGAACAGACUCAAAUAUGCGUUGACUGGAGAUGAGGUAAAAAAGAUAUGUAUGCAACGCUUCAUCAGAAUUGAUGGCAAGGUUCGAGUGGACAUCACAUACCCUGUUGGAUUGAUGGAUGUCAUCAGCAUCGAGAAGACAGGUGAGCAUUUCCGCCUGGUGUAUGACACCAAGGGCCGUUUUGCCGUUCAUCGCAUCAGAGUGGAAGAGGCAGAGUACAAGUUGUGCAAAGUGAGGAAGAUUACUAUGGGGACAAAGGGAAUCCCACACCUGGUGACUCAUGAUGCUCGAACAAUCCGCUAUCCAGAUCCUGUCAUCAAGGCGAAUGAUACUGUGCAGAUUGAUUUAGGGACUGGCAAGAUAGUCAACUUUAUCAAAUUUGACACGGGCAAUAUGUGUAUGGUGAUUGGUGGAGCCAACCUCGGUCGUAUUGGUGUGAUCACCAGCAAGGAAAGACAUCCUGGUUCUUUUGAUGUGGUGCAUGUGAAGGAUGCCCAUGGUAUCAGCUUUGCCACAAGGAUUUCCAACAUUUUUGUCAUUGGCAGUGGCAAUAAACCUUGGAUUUCCCUGCCCAGGGGAAGGGGCAUCCGACUUACUGCUGCUGAAGAGAGAGGCAAGAGACUGGCUACCAGACAGAGCAGUGGCUAAAUUGCAGUAGCAGCAUAUCUUUUUUUUUAUUUUAUUUUGCACAAAUAAGCGGUAAAUUCUUGUUUCCUAAUGUAUUUUUUUCCUUGUUGUAGUUAAUUGUUGGGUUUGAAUUUUGCUCAUGACUUUGGCACAAAUAAACAGUGAGUUCUCUUUUCUUUUCCCCACAAA